AGCACCGGCGCGGCGGGGCACUGCGGUAGCGGCACUGCCGCGGCGGCGGCUCCGCGCCCCCCGCCCGUCCUCCCCUUUCUCCUCCUCCCUCCUCCUCCGCCGCACCACUUCCAGGGGAGGCUGGUGUCAUGCGGCUGGCGCCGAGGGAGGGGUGCCCGGGGCCGCAGCGGCAGUGAGAGGCGGCGAGCCGAGCCGAGCCCCCUGCGAUGACAGCCAUGAAGGAGCAGCCGGCGCACCCGGGCGGCAGGGGGAACCCGCCGCCGCCGCAGCCCGACCAGGAACUUGGAAGUAACAGCCCUCCGCAGAGGAACUGGAAGGGAAUUGCUAUUGCGCUGCUGGUGAUUCUAGUUGUUUGUUCACUCAUCACUAUGUCUGUCAUUCUUUUAACGCCAGAUGAACUUGCAAAUUCAUCAGAAACCAGAUUGUCCUUGGAAGAUCUCUUCAGAAAAGAGUUCGUAGUUCAUAAUCCAGAAGCCAAAUGGAUUAAUGAUACAGCAGUGGUAUAUAAAAAUAGGAAUGGACAUGUUGUUGAGCUGAAUGUAGAAACAAAUACAACUACAUUAUUAUUGGAAAAUACAACUUUUGUAACAUUCAAAGCAUCAAGAUACUCUGUUUCACCAGACCUAAGAUUUGUUCUUCUUGCAUAUGAUGUUAAACAGGUUUUUCAUUAUUCUUAUACAGCUUCGUAUGUGAUUUAUAACAUACACACAAGGGAAGUUUGGGAGUUAAACCCUCCAGAAGUAGAGGAUUCAGUUUUACAGUAUGCAGCCUGGGGCGUCCAAGGACAGCAACUGAUUUAUAUUUUUGAAAAUAACAUCUACUAUCAGCCAGAUGUAAAGAGUAGCUCAUUGCGCCUGACAUCUUCAGGAAAAGAAGGAAUUAUUUUUAAUGGAAUUGCAGACUGGUUAUAUGAAGAGGAACUUCUUCAUUCCCAUGUUGCCCACUGGUGGUCUCCAGAUGGUGAAAGACUGGCGUUCCUGACCAUAAAUGACUCUCUGGUACCAAACAUGGUUAUUCCCCGGUUUACUGGAGGUCUAUAUCCCAAAGGAAAGCAGUAUCCAUAUCCUAAGGCAGGUCAAACAAACCCAACAAUAAAGCUGUUUGUGGUUAAUCUGUAUGGACCAGCACAUACCUUGGAACUGAUGCCACCUGACAGCUUUAAAUCAAGGGAAUAUUACAUCACUAUGGUGAAAUGGGUAAGCAACACCAAGGCUGUGGUGAGAUGGUUAAACAGACCUCAGAAUAUCUCCAUCCUUACGGUUUGUGAAACCACAACUGGGGCUUGCAGCAGGAAAUAUGAAAUGCAGUCAGACCUGUGGCUUCCUAAACAGAAUGAAGAACCAGUUUUCUCCAAGGAUGGCAGUAAGUUCUUCAUGACUGUCCCAGUGAAGCAGGGGGGCCGGGGUGAAUUUCACCACAUCGCCAUGUUUAUCGUUCAGGCUAAAAGUGAACAAAUCAGUGUGAGACACCUGACAUCAGGAAACUGGGAAGUUAUCAAAAUCCUGGCAUAUGAUGAAAAUACUCAAAAGAUUUAUUUCUUAAGCACUGAAGAAUCCCCAAGAGGAAGACAGCUACACAGUGUAUCAACAGUGGGAUCAUUGAAUCGUCAGUGUCUCUCGUGUAACUUCUUGAAAGACCAGUGCACGUAUUUCAGCGCAAAGUUUAGCCCCAUGAAUAGGCAUUUUUUACUGCACUGUAAAGGGCCAGGCAUUCCAGUUGUUAGUGUGCACAGUACAAGUAAUACUGCAAAGUUUUAUAUUUUGGAAAAUAAUGCUAUGUUGAAAGAAGCUGUUUUUAAGAAAAAGAAUUCCAGGACUGAAAUUAAAAUGCUUCAUAUUGAGGAUUACGAACUCCCUUUACAGUUGUCACUGCCAAAAGAUUUCACGGAUCGAAACCAGUAUGCCCUUCUAUUAUUAAUUGAUGAAGCUCCAGGCAGCCAGUUGGUUACAGAUAAAUUUCACAUUGACUGGGACUCAGUGCUUGUCAACUCUGAUAAUGUCAUCGUAGCUCGAUUUGAUGGCAGAGGGAGUGGAUUUCAAGGCCUUAAGAUUCUACAGGAGGUUCACCGAUGCUUAGGAUCAGUGGAAGUGAAGGACCAAAUAGCAGCCGUAGAAUCACUAUUGAAACAGCCCUUCAUUGAUCCUAAGAGACUGAGUAUAUUUGGAAAGGGAUAUGGUGGCUACAUUACAUCAAUGAUCCUGAAAUCCAGUGAACGGCUCUUCAAGUGUGGAGCUGUGGUGGCACCAAUUACAGAUAUGAAGUUGUAUGCAUCAGCUUUUUCAGAAAGAUACCUUGGUAUUCCAUCAAGAGAGGAAAAUACCUAUCAGGCAUCCAGCGUAUUACACAAUCUUCAUGGUUUAAAAGAAGCGAAUUUGCUAAUAGUUCAUGGGACGGCUGAUGCAAAAGUCCACUUCCAGCAUUCAGCAGAACUAAUUAAACAUCUAAUAAAAGCUGGAGUUAAUUACACUAUGCAGAUCUACCCAGAUGAAGGUCAUAACAUUGCUUCUGAGAAAAGCAAAUAUCACCUUUACAGCACAAUCCUUGGGUUCUUUAGUGCUUGUUUAAAGGAGGAGACACCAAUUUUACCACAGGAACCUGAAGAGGAUGAAUAAGGAAGCCUAUUUGUGUAGUACUGAAGGGGACUUACUUUGCGGCUCAAUAAAACCUUAAAUAAAAGUGACUGUAAGAUUGCAGAUUCUGCAGAAGCUCAAGGGCAGCUAAAGGAUAUCACAGUGGAACAGCACAUUUACAGACAAUGAGCUAAUAAACUGGAAUUUGACUACAAAGUCCAAACAUAUUACCAAGGGACAAAACCUUUACCUUUGUGGAAGGUCAACAGUUGGUUACAGUUUCCUGGAAGAACUUAGUUUUGCAUAAGUGUAGGGUUAGUGCAUGUUUGUUAUGUUAAGCCUCACUGUUGGUUCUGUAAGUGGUUGCUCGUUUUUUAGUUUAAAUACACAUCUUUAUUCAUCUUUGCAUAAUACACAACUUACCGUAAGUAUUAUGGCCACUAAUAUUUUAAAAGGUGAGCUGCAAUCUAACACUUUACUGUAAUGUUACAAUAAGUGCAAUUCUUUCGCUGUCUAUUACACAUAAGAAACCACAGAGAUAAUAAAGGGCACGAUAUUUUCUCUAGUUUCUGCUCAAAGGGGAUAUAUUGUCUCGUGCAUCAUAUAACACUGAUAUUGAAUUUUUUUUUCCCAAUUUCAGCAUUUACUAUUAUUACUGUACCUACUAGUAACCAAUAAGGGACUUUUUGGUAGUGUACUCUUGGUCUUUGUGUAUAUACCCAGGACUCCCUAAGCAGAAAAUCCUUCUGAGCUUGAAGUUUUUUUUUCAAGACAUAAUUAACAGCUGUGUUAAAAUUUGCAACGGAAAUCUUUCCCCAGUCGAAAAUGUAUCUAUUGUUUCCUUAAAAUAUGUUUAAGUUGUGUUUCGGUAUUGUUUAUAGUAGUUCAUAGGUUGCUGGUUACACUCUAAUUUUAGAAUAUGCUACUUUGUCACAUGUAAAUUAGAUACAUAAAUAUUAAAUUAUAGUUUCAGGUAAACAAAAAUUAUUAACAAUGUAUAACACCACUGAGUAAUACUUUACUCCUAAAAUGAAGACAUAUUUUGUAUAGUGCAUCUUCCUUUUCUUCCAUCUAGUCUCAGAUGCAAUUCUAAUGCUCAUCAAGGUGGCCACGUAGCUCGAACAUGCUGUUAGUUUUUAUUCCGGGGCUGCUCAUUAAGUCUCUUGCAACAGGAUUUAGCUUCGACGGCCGCACAAAGAAAUGAAAUGGUUUUCAUUCAAGGCAAAGGAAGCUGCUGACAAGUUAAAUUUUAUUAUUUAUUCAGAGGGCAAGCCCCUCAUACAUUCAUUUAUUUGCCAAGGUGAAUUACAGCAAUAGAAAUUGAAACUAGGAAAUAAACAAGGCAGCCAGUUUGAUUUUUCAGAGUAUUAACUCUGAUCACUGAAAUCAAGUACAAUGUUGACUUAAUUUGAGAUAUCUUCCUGAAGGUAUGUGGAAACUUUGACAGACGCUGUGCCAUGAACAUGAGAAUAGCUGUAGGUAAUGUUUUCUUUCUGGAUGUAUUCCAAAUACUUUCCUGCUCAAUUAAGGUUUCAUUUCUUGCAAGAUUAAAAAAGAAGUAAUUUUUUGAAGGUAACUAUACUAUUUAAGAUGAAAAGUCUGCAUAUUUUAUGAAGAAUGAGAAUUGUUUUUAUUGUAAUCAGAAAUCACCCAAAGCUUUUUAGUAAUUUCUGUCUUCUGGAAUAUUUUCUUUCACAGUUAGCAUUUUUUUUAUGAUGCAAAUAAUUAAUUUGUCUGAAAGCUGUGAUUUCAUGGAACAUUGGAAAGUUUCUGUCUGUUAAUGUUUAGUAUUUAUCUUGUUUUAUUAGCAGUGUUUGGCUAUUUUUCAAUUAGUUUAAUACAGUUUUAAUGUGCAAUGAUAUCUUGUUUGAGUCCCAGUGUCACCACAAAGUAUGGCUUUGCUUUGUGGUACUUAUAGUACAUAUGGAGUACAUAUGUAUAGUAUAUAUGUAUGGAGGCUACUAUGUGCACUACAGUAAGACCAUGCAAAACAAAAAUUUAAGAGAAGAAUUCAAACAAGAUUUUGCAGAUCCUGUUUUCUAUAGAGGAGGAACAUUUUUAAGGUCUGUUGGCUGGGACUUCUAGAUUGUGAUUUUUUAAAUUACACCCAUUACUUAAUAAAAGCUCACCUGAUGAUGCUGAUGCUUUUCUUAACCAAACAGGGUAAAUGAAGUCCUAAUCCAAUUGAGUUCAACGAGACAUUUUUCCUGAUUUGAGCCAAAUGCACAUGAAGAAACAAGCUGUAUGGCAUGCUGAGUGUACCACGUGGACUCAGCGUGCAGGGCCUACGUGAAAAGGCUAAUUCUUCUCCGUAUGUGCUAGCUGUUUCUCUGCAAGACAGCCACUGUGCGCUCGUAUUUACUAUGUUUCAUGUAUAUCGCCUUUAGUUACCUGCAAAAGAAAACAAACAAGGCUUGUGUCUCAGCAAUAGGUUUAUGUACGUGCUCAGGAAAUACGUUAUCCCAGAUCUGUGGAACCCACACUGUCUCCUUCUUUCCCCAUAACUCUCCAUUUCAGGCCUCCAUUCCCUACUCUUUCUACCCCAGCAUCUCAUGUCCAAUUUUGAUCAAUUUACCUGAACAUGGAGGUGGCAUGAGGACAUGGCUUCUGUCAGAAUGCUUUUGCCAGGACUGGUAUGUUUCAGAAGUGUGUAACCUGAAAUGUGGGUUAUCUAUGUGGAAAUGUGGUAUGCUUUUCAUGUUCUUAAUAUUUCUCACACUGUCCUACAGUAAAUGCAGGUAUUUUUAUAUAAACGUGUAUAUGACGAUGAG